GGUGGUCCGGAGCCUGGCUCCCCACCCCCCCCCCCCCCCCAGAGGCAGCGAGGGCAUUCCCCUGAAUCAUGCUGUCUCCCGUCUCAGAGGAACCGCUGCUGCUGGCCGAGCUCAAGCCGGGGCGCCCUCAGCAGUUUGAUUGGAAGUCGAGCUGUGAGACCUGGAGCGUCGCCUUCUCCCCGGACGGUUCCUGGUUCGCUUGGUCUCAAGGACACUGCAUCGUCAAGCUGAUCCCCUGGCCGCUGGAGGAGCAGUUCAUCCCUAAAGGGUUUGAAGCCAAAAGCCGAAGCAGCAAAAAUGAUACAAAAGGGCGAGGCAGCCCAAAGGAGAAGACUCUGGACUGUGGGCAGAUUGUCUGGGGUUUGGCCUUUAGCCCGUGGCCUUCUCCACCCAGCAGGAAGCUCUGGGCACGCCACCAUGCCCAAGUGCCAGACAUCUCUUGCCUGAUCCUUGCUACGGGACUCAAUGACGGGCAGAUCAAGAUUUGGGAGGUGCAGACAGGGCUCCUGCUCUUGAAUCUUUCCGGCCACCAAGAUGUCGUGAGAGAUCUGAGCUUCACACCCAGUGGCAGUUUGAUUUUGGUCUCGGCAUCUCGGGAUAAGACUCUUCGCAUCUGGGACCUGAACAAACAUGGUAAACAGAUCCAGGUGCUCUCGGGCCACCUGCAGUGGGUUUACUGCUGCUCCAUCUCGCCCGACUGCAGCAUGCUGUGCUCGGCCGCUGGAGAGAAGUCGGUGUUCCUGUGGAGCAUGCGGUCCUACACGUUAAUCCGGAAGCUAGAGGGCCACCAAAGCAGUGUUGUCUCUUGUGACUUCUCCCCCGACUCCGCCUUGCUUGUCACGGCCUCUUACGACACCAACGUGAUCAUGUGGGACCCCUAUACUGGCGAGAGGCUGAGGGUACUCCACCACGCCCAACUUGACCUCCCCAUGGACGACAGUGAUGUGCACAUUAGCUCCCUGAGAUCCGUGUGCUUCUCUCCCGAAGGCUUGUACCUUGCCACGGUGGCAGAUGACAGACUCCUCAGGAUCUGGGCCCUGGAACUGAAAACUCCAGUUGCGUUUGCUCCUAUGACCAAUGGUCUUUGCUGCACAUUUUUUCCACAUGGUGGAGUUAUUGCCACAGGGACAAGGGACGGCCACGUCCAGUUCUGGACAGCUCCUCGGGUCCUGUCCUCACUGAAGCACUUAUGCCGGAAAGCCCUUCGAAGUUUCCUGACCACCUACCAAGUGCUAGCACUGCCGAUCCCCAAGAAAAUGAAAGAGUUCCUCACAUACAGGACUUUCUAAGCCACGCGCCAUAGUCUUACUUGUUUGCUUGUAGCAGGAACAAGCUUCCUGGCAGAGGAGUAGCUGGGAACGAUGGGCCAAACAGCUGGUCUUCGACUGAAAUAGAAUUUCUCUUUGAGACGGUGAGCAGAGUGUAGCAAAAGCAGAUGCUGGCGGACUGGUCAUCCAGGUGUUCCUGUGUGACCUGCGGCAGUCAGUCAUAGAGGGGCUUGCAGCCUUACCUGAAAUCCUCAGCCCACUAACAAACGGCAACAUCAGACACUUUCUCAAGUCCUUCCGAUUCAGAGUGCAGUGACUCAUGUUGAUUUGAUAAGCAGAGUAACCAGGCCUCGAGAGCCUCUCUGCUGGGGCAGGUUAUUCCCUUGACCGGCGAGUGGGCAGGUGUUGGCUUGUGCCUAGUACUUGUCAUUGUCGUGUUUCAGACGCAGUGGUGACGUUGUUUAAAAAGUUCUCUCCUGCCGUGUCAGAGUGGCUUUGCUGUUGGCAAGUGCUUGCCUUCCUCGAGCUCCCCUCUGACCAGCAGGACCGAGUUUUCAUGGAGCCGUCUGCUGGGAGGUCGGAGCUAGAUUACAGGGCACUCAGAGGUGUGCUCCUGACUGAUACACUAGAAACGGUUUUUUUUUUUUUUUUUUU